AGAAACAGAAUACGCUAAGUUGAUAGAUACCAUGCAGUAGUAGUUCGAUACGCUUAGUUGUGCGUGAGCGUGUAGAAUACAUUUUCUUCAAUGAAUUAGAAUAAAUAUGCACUGGCUAAUACGUCCGUGUAUUCUUGCUAUUUUGCUGGUGCACAGCAUAGAAGCAAAUAGCGAUGAGGUGCCAUUAACCAAGCUCGGCGCGAAGACGGGGCCGACUUUAAGAUUCUUUUAUUGUUACUCAUGUGGCUACAAAAAAGCCUUUGAGCAGUAUGUGACUCUUCUUAAGCAGAAAUAUCCAGAGCUUCAUAUCGAAGGAGAGAACUUUAAUCCAUCAGGUUAUAAUAUGUUUAUAGCAAAAGGAUUGGGACUAUUCAAAAUAUUAGUUAUUAUCGCAAUUGUAAGUGGAGCUGAUUUUCGUUUACUCCAAUCGUCAGUGUGGCAGUGGUGUAUAAACAAUCGUUUUUAUUCAUGUGUACUAAUUUUCCUGACGUGCAAUGCCAUAGAAGGUCAACUAAUUUCGUCAGGUGCAUUUGAAAUACACUUUAAUGAUGUUCCUGUUUGGUCAAAACUUGAAACCGGCAGGAUACCACAACCACUUGAAUUAUUUCAAAUAAUUGAUUUCCAUUUGGAUAUGCAAUUUUCAGAGAUGGACGUAGGAAAGAUUAAGUUUCAAUAAGCAAAACAAUUCCAUUAUAUAUAUAUUCAAAAAUUAAUAAAUUUAAUUAUGUACUAUGCCAGGAAGUUUGCUAACGAUGUGUAAUGUGAUGAAAAUGUGUACAAUAUACUUGCUAAGUAAAGUC